AUCAAUGUAAGACUCCUUCUUUCGAAAACAGGUAAUGAUACAGAGUAUCAUAACAAAUUUUGAUACUUGAAAUUAUAAUCAAAUCAUUAGUAGUCGGAAUUACUCGUAUAAGGAAAUUACAAUAUUUCCUUAUCUUAAUUACUCCGUGUAUUCUUGUCAAAAAACAUAGCAAGCAUUCAACACGCAGAGUCCUCCGGUGUGCCAACUCCCACCUACCCGGCUGCUCGAAACUCCGAAUUGAACGUGAGACGUACAUGUUUUUCGAGGUACAGAGAGAUAUUGCUCGGAGAGAUUAAGGAGGUUCAUGAACGUGGCAAAAAUGCUGUUUUUUGUGCUGCUGCUCUCUUCUGCGGCGGUGCUGCUCACCGGAGACGCGCUGUGGCUGGACUUGCCGAGCUCGGGAACCAAGUGUGUGUCGGAGGAAAUCCACAGCAACGUCGUUGUUUUGGCGGAUUAUUACAUCAUCGGAGACGAGGCACAUACAGUCAUCCCGACCAUUUCCAUCCAGGUGACAUCACCAUAUGGCAACAGUCUGCACCAUCAAAAGAAUGUAACACACGGUCAAUUUGCCUUUACAACAACCGAGACUGGUUACUACUUCGCAUGUUUCUGGAUGGAUGGAAACUUUUCAGCGACUAACAAGGGUGCAACUGUUGGUCUUGACUGGAAGACAGGAAUUUUUGCGAAGGAUUGGGAAUCAGUUGCAAGAAAAGAAAAAUUAGAGGGAGUCAAUCUUGAGUUGAUGAAACUUGAAGGAAUAAUUCAAGCCAUUCAUGAAAAUUUGAAGUAUAGGAAAGAGAGGGAAGCAGAGGCAAGGGAGGUGAGUGAAAAAACCAAUGCGAAAGUGGCUUUGUUGAGUAUAAUGUCCCUUGGCAUCUGUGUAUUUGUUUCAUCCCUGCAACUUUGGUAUUUGAGGAAUUAUUUUCAAAAGAAAAAGCUCAUCUAAUAUUCAUGAUUCUAAGUUCUAACCUUUUCCUCAUAGAAUGUCUCAAAUACUGGUUGUCACCUUCAAUCUAUACGUCUAAAUAUGUACCAUAGAUAAAUAUAUAUGUCACACUUGCUUUCGAGCCUCUUUGAUGGGCUACAUUGUAAUCUCAUGUAAUCUCAUUACAAGCAUGUCAUCUCGCGUCAUAGAUGUAGGGGAGGAGUCACUCCUUGUGAAAGCCAACUUUGUUUUAAGAGUCCUAAUUAAAAGCUUUCAUGAUAUCA